UUAUAACUCCGAACAUUCAAAACACAACACACAAAUGUAUGUCUUCCUCUGUUUUCACUCAAAGCUAAGAUAAGGUCAAGAGGAGGAAGAAGAUCUAUUCGCCAUCAAUCUCUUUCUCAGCUCCGAUCCUUUUUCCUUCUUUGAUUCUCGAUAAACCGAUCUGCUUCAGCUGGUAUUUUGAGUUGCAGAACAUUUUGAGGAAUUUGGGAUGUUUUAAGUGGGAUGUGAUUUGCAUGGGUUGAGGAUGCCAGAGUUGCAAAGUGGAGUGCGGAGAUCGAAACGUCUUGGUGAUCUUCAGCCUUCCCCGCAACAAAUAGAUCAGGCUGAAAAUUGGGAACUGCCUGCUCAGAAUAAAACCAGGAGAGUUGGAGGUGGAAGAGGAAGAGGUGGUAAGGCUGUUGCAAAAGGGCAGUCACCAGCAAUACUGACAAAACAGACUACAGGUGGACGAGGCCGUGGAACUAAGUUGAUUGGCUUAGACCCAAAACCUUGUGUGGUUGUUCCUAAAGCAGCUGCUUUAGUGGCUGUCAGACCGGCUUACAAUUGUCUGGAUGUUGUAGCAGACAAAGAUAUUGCAAUAGAGGGUGGUAAAAGUGCUGACAAAGUAAUGGGAGUUGAAGAAGAACCAAGCACAACUCCUGUCCCGGAUAGGGUACAAGUGGGAAAUUCUCCUGUAUAUAAGACAGAAAGGAAGUUGGGAAAGGGUGGGUUUGGUCAAGUCUACGUUGGCAGAAGGGUUAGUGGUGGCAGUGGUAGAACAGGCGCCGAUGCAAUUGAGGCGGCCUUGAAGUUUGAGCACCGAAAUAGUAAGGGAUGCAAUUAUGGGCCCCCUUAUGAAUGGCAAGUGUACAAUACUCUUAAUGGAUGUUACGGAAUUCCAUGGGUUCACUACAAGGGUCGCCAAGGAGAUUUCUACAUUCUGGUCAUGGAUAUGCUUGGACCCAGUCUUUGGGAUGUUUGGAAUUCUCUCGGACAGUCGAUGUCACCAAAUAUGGCGGCUUGCAUUGCUGUGGAAGCAAUAUCAAUUCUUGAGAAGCUUCACAUGAAAGGGUUUGUGCAUGGAGAUGUAAAGCCUGAGAAUUUUUUACUUGGUCAACCUGGAACAGUCGAUGAAAAGAAGCUAUAUCUUGUUGAUCUUGGAUUGGCAUCUAGAUGGAAAGAUGCAUCAUCUGGUCAACAUGUUGAAUAUGAUCAGAGGCCUGACAUAUUCAGGGGAACGAUAAGAUAUGCAAGUGUGCAUGCACAUUUAGGUCGAACUGGUAGUCGACGGGAUGAUCUUGAGUCAUUGGCAUACACAUUAGUAUUUCUCAUAAAAGGAAGGUUACCCUGGCAGGGUUAUCAGGGCGAUAACAAAAGUUUUAUGGUAUGUAAGAAAAAGAUGGCCAUUUCCCCCGAGUUGAUGUGCUGCUUUUGUCCAGCACCAUUCAAGCAGUUUCUCGAAGCUGUUACAAAUAUGAAGUUUGAUGAAGAGCCAAACUAUCCUAAGCUGAUAUCUUUUUUUGAUAGUCUGAUAGAACCAAUAGUACCAUUAAGACCCAUUAGAAUAGAUGGAGCUCUCAAGGUGGGGCAAAAACGGGGAAGAAUUCCUAUUAAUCUAGAAGAAGAAGAGCAACCAAAGAAGAAAGUACGGUUAGGUAGUCCAGCUACCCAGUGGAUUUCAGUAUAUAAUGCUAAGCGGCCAAUGAAACAAAGGUAUCACUAUAAUGUAGCAGACGUGAGGCUUCAUCAACAUGUAGAUAAGGGAAAUGAAGAUGGAUUAUUUAUCAGUGCCGUGGCCUCAGCUGGAAACCUUUGGGCUCUAAUUAUGGAUGCUGGCACUGGUUUUUCUUCACAGGUUUAUGAGCUGUCAACAUUUUUCUUGCAUAAGGACUGGAUCAUGGAACAAUGGGAAAAGAAUUACUACAUCAGUUCAAUAGCUGGUGCAGCUAAUGGUAGCUCUUUAGUUGUAAUGUCCAAAGGCACCCCUUACACCCAGCAAUCUUACAAAGUAAGUGAAUCUUUUCCAUACAAGUGGAUAAAUAAGAAGUGGAAAGAAGGUUUCCAUGUCACAUCCAUGACAACUGCUGGCAACCGCUGGGGAUUGGUCAUGUCCAGGAAUGCUGGAUUUUCUGAUCAGGUUGUGGAGCUCGACUUUUUGUACCCAAGUGAAGGUAUACACAGGCGAUGGGAAAAUGGUUACAGGAUAACAUCUAUGGCUGCCACUGCUGACCAAGCAGCCUUCAUUUUGAGCAUACCGAAACGUAAAUUAAUGGAUGAAACUCAAGAAACUCUGCGUACCUCUGCCUUUCCAAGCAGCCAUGUCAAGGAAAAAUGGGCGAAGAAUCUCUACAUUGCGUCGAUUUGUUACGGGCGAACAGUUUGCUAGUCGGCCGAGGAGUGUAACAUUAAGAUUGAUAGCCAAAAUAUUUGAACCAAAUUUUGAAAGCAAUUAUUUGGGAAGAAGAAAAGGUAAAAUCUUACUUGCAAAUGAGAGGAAUGGCCACUCACAUGAUAUGAAAUAUAGCAAUGUAAAAAUGAACAAGAGAAUUGGAAUUGGAAUUAGAAGCCUUUGAACCAAGCUGAGUUCAGUAAGUGACCUGGGGAUUUCAACCAACGUGUGCUUUUUAACUUAUUAUUACCAAAAAAAGAAAAAAACAAUUCUUUA